AGCAGGCAGUCGCUCAGUGCAGAUAACUCAGUGUGUGAAUGACUAGCAGAUCCACAGCUAUGGGGGCAGGCCAGGUCAGCUUGCUUUGCACCCUGAGUUGCUGCUCCUUGAGAGCACUUUGACCGUGUCACAGUGCUGGGCUUUGAUCAGUGGAGAGUGGAGGCUAAACUAGCCCUGGGGGCAACUUUUAGAGAAUUCCUCAGGACAGGAUUACCAGCUGCAUUGCCAAAGAAAGAACGAACGAAAGAUGACACGCUUCUCUGGAAUUGCUCAGGCACCUUAGGAAAGAUGAACCCAGAUUCGUUGGACACCUCCAUCCAGAGUGUGCUCUCGGCCCUCUACCCACCAUUUGACGCCACUGCGCCCACCGUCCUGAGUCAGUUCUUCAGGGUGAUAGAGGGUCGUUACCAGGGAGACGCUCUGCGCUGCCUGCUGGACUUCCUCAUUCCUGUCAAGCACAUCCUGGAGAGUGUGCAGCAGGCUGCCUGCGCUCCCUACUCUGAUGUGCUGUUCCGCUGCGAGGGCUGGCCCCUGUGUCUUCACAAUCGAGUGGUGAUCCAGCUAGCCUCUCUGAAUGCCCUCCUCUUACGCCCAGGAGACUUCUACCUGCAAGUGAAGCCCUUCGGGGAGCAGUCGGCUCGCAUUGUCCUCAAGAGCCUUCUAGAGGACCUGCAAGAGGUGGAGGAAAUGCCCAUCCCUGAGACCUCCUAUCCCAGCAUCUUCACCAGGGACUGGCUGGACGAGAUCAACCAGGGGCGCCAUGGGACUCCGCUGCACAACUGCCUUCUGUGCACGGAUCAGGGAAUUGUGAAAGUGCCCUGGGCUCAAGUGGCCACACCAGAGUUUAUUGAUAAACCUAAAGUCAUGGCCAGCUUUCUGGCCACCCCAGAGCGGUCCGAGGCCCCUCAAGUCCCGGCCCGUUCCCCAAAAAAUGAAACGUCCAUGUCUGGGUUCUCUGUGGAAACCCGGAUUCUUCCAGCCAAGGAUGGCAUAGCGGUCUCUUUGAGACUGAUCGACGGAAACUGUGGGAGGUUAAUCAAGGUGGACCAGACAAAGGCAACCAACAAGCCCAUAGGUUGGGUAUCACCAAGCACGUGGGACAGCCGGAACCAAGACUUGGAAGGGGAUUACGUGGACCUGGUAGAGUUUUCUAAAGGUGGCCACCACCCUUCAGAUAAAGCAUUGUCAAAAACUAAUAGGACAGUACAGGCUCCUCAGUGGAGUAAACAAGAGCUGCCUCCCUUCGAGCCAGUCCGGUCUCCUCCAGCAGUCUGUGGAGAUCCUAUACCAUGUGGCAGGUCAAUGAAGUUUGCUGUGGAGCCCUGCACCCCAUGUUUAAGGAGGAAGAUGGGCCAGGACUUGGAACUCCAGGAACUGAGAUGUAGGUAUCGGGAGUCCUACAUGGCUGCACUUCAGAAUCCCGUGAACUUUGAAUCUGGAACCAUGAAGGUCACAGCGGAGCAGUCUGACCACCUGAGUGGAAGUUCUUCUUCCGUAUGUGACGGAGGUCCCCAUCCAGAGCCUUCCCCCGGCUGCAAGAAGGUUUGUGAACGUCGGUCCUCCUGUGCUUCAGACAGUGUUGCUGCUGUUAGCUGGAGGGAGCCAGGGGAAAGACAAUCCAAGAGGGGUGCUCACCCCCCUCCUCCCGCUUCUUCAGACAGGAAAAUGCACACAGGAUUAGGGACACCUAGUGCCUCCAUAAAGUGUUCGAGAGGACAAAAAACAUUGACAAAUAUAAGUGAUGGGGUUUCAGUGGUUCCAGCCCUCCACGUAGUACAGUGUAAGAAAACAACAUCGUUCGGAUUAGUAUCUCCAAAAGUGGACAGACAUAAAAUGGCCACAAGAGAUGCCAUUCCCACCAGCACAGCACAAGCAGACGCCUCCCUUACCAGGGCAGGCAGUGAAAAAGGCCCACAGGACUUGUCUGUAGACUGGCCGCGGACCACAGCGACCACAGUGACCAGGAGGGGGGCGCCAGCCACCUCUCGUGGGCCGUGCAGCCAGCUGCUUCACUCAGACAUCAUGUGUCUACCAGGCAGCAGAGACAAGGCAGGGAGGGCAGUGGUUCAGGUGUGCAGCGAUCACACAGCCUGGAGAUCAGCAGCCACCACCAGCAACGAGCUCUCCAAACUCCUCCUCUACUUCCACUCCAUUCCCAGGAAAGAUGUCAGAGAUCUUGGAAUGACCAUUGUUGUAGAUGCAACGAAGCAGCCCCCUCCUCCAGCUCUGUACAAAGCCUUGCUAAUGGCACAGGAGCAGGUCCCUCGCAUGCUUCACUGUGUCCUGGUGCUGGUGGACAAGGAGAGCGGCAUUCGACUGGAGAGACAACCAGGCCUCCCCGUGGAGGUGCUGACCUCGCUAAAGGCUCUACACAAGUUCAUUGAUGGGAGCCAACUGACAGCAGAACUGGGUGGGUCUCUUCCAUACAGCCACAGUGACUGGCUCCAGCUCCAGCAGAAGUUGGAUCCCUUCUUCUCAGACCUACGAGAGGCCUCCAGUUUGCUGCACAAAGCCAUCCGAACGUUUGAGAGCAACAAACGCCUUGACACUGUUCAGGAAGUCCAGCUGUGCAUUCAGGAGCAGAAGACCAUGAUGAUGUCAGUCCUGCAGGAUGCACGAUUGGUUGGCCUGCAGCGGGAGGGCGGAGCUAUGCUUGCCAGGCUGAAGAAGGAGGAGUCUCGAUUAGUUUACUCCGAGGAUUACCGGGAUGCGAUGGACUCGGUGACCAUGUUGUAUAACCAGCUGGAGGAGAGGGUUCACAUGCUUGUGAUGAAAUCCAACAAGGGUCUGCAGCACCUCGACUUUCUGCUCAAACUCCGGGAGUUGGAGGGAAGGUUUAAAAAGAUCAGAGAGUGGUUCGAUGUGGAGGGGGAGAAGCGACUGCUGGAGGCCGAUUCAGUGGAGGAUUCCCUGGAGAAAGUGGAGCAGACGCUGCACCACAUUAACCAGUUCCUCGACCAGGCCACAGAGCAGCAACACAAGGCUAUGGCACUGGUGACUGAGGCAGAGAAAGUUCAGGGCUCUUCCUAUCCUGAGGCCGAAGUCUUCACGAUGAUGGUGUUCACCUUCAAAUCACGACUGGCAGACUUUCUGAUGAGGGCAAAGGAGUGCCGGGCUCAGCUUGAGACCAUGGUGAACCUGUACCACUUCUGUGAGAAGGCUACACAGCUUGCCAAAGACUGUAGACAGUAUCUGGAAAAAGUAAAUCCAUGCAACAGCUCAGCAACCAGCCUAGAAAGCUUAAAGAUCCUUGGAAAGUACUGUCUGGACUUCACUGCCUUCUCAGCAGAGGAGUUCCAGCAAGUGAAGGUUCAGGCUUACACCCCUAAAGGUUCCAGGGGGAUGCGGAUUUGGAAUGUUGCCUGGCUCAAGUGCCAGGAAGUCAGGCAGCAACUUGAGGAAAGGCUGCAGGAUAUACAGAAGGCUCAGUGGCCUAUGGUAGCUUCAUCUGAGGCUAAGAGGACAGUGCCUGCAAGCUCGGCACUAUUAUCACCCACUACCAGUGAAGACCCUGAGAACUUAAGACCUAUACAACACCAGCACCCAGUCAAAACUCCCAAAUCUCUGCCUGAAAGAAGGAAAUACCAACACAGUGAAAAUGAUUACACAAAUGUAACUUGCUUCAAGUUAAAAUUGAAGCCAGACAACAAAGACUCAAAGGGCCCUAACCUGAAAAAAGAGGCUGCCCAUCAAGUAUCCAGCAAGGCAGAAGAAGCGGCAACUCCAAAGAGCUCCGGGGAAGCCAGCAAAGGCCUGGAUUUCGCAUGUGUGUCCUCCACAACCUGCAAGUGGUUUUCAUGGCAGCAGGGCCUGGGUAGGUCCCUCGGUGAGGAGUCCAGCACGUCUUGCUCCCUGUCCUCCCAUUCGGACCCCCUGGCCUCUCCUUCCUUUCGAAUACGAGAUCAUCCCUCGAGGAAGAUCCUGGAGGCUGCUCAGCAGUUCCAGAUAUCUCGACAUGGCAGCUUCUGCUCUGAACACUCAUGUUCAGGGCCCACGGGCAACUACACUGAUGACCUGACCAGAGUGUCCUCACUGCCAGCUGCCAGUCCCAGGAUUGCCCAGGCACUGGGAACAGCAGGGGAUCCAGGGCCCAAGGAAGAACCAGGGGAGAACUCCGGGAACUUUUGGAAGCUGCAGUGCAUCAUGGAGGAGUUGCUGCUGACAGAGAGAGACUAUGUGUGCUCGCUGGGAUACAUCAUCACACACUACUUCCCGGAGAUGGAGCGCCUGGACCUGCCGCAGGACCUGCGGGGCCAGCGAGGACUCAUCUUCGGCAACCUGGAGAAGCUGUAUGACUUCCACCGGCACUUCUUCCUCAAGGAGCUGGAGGGCAGCCUCAAAGAGCCUCUGCGGGUGGGCCGAUGCUUCCUCCGACAGAAAGAAAGCUUUGGUCUUUAUGCAUUGUACAGCAAAAACAAACCACGGUCUGACACCCUGCUGAUAAACUAUGCUCACGACUUCUUUAAGAACAAGCAGCUGGAGCUGGGAGACAAGAUGGACCUGUUGUCGUACCUGCUGAAGCCGGUGCAGAGAAUCAGCAAAUAUAACCUUCUGCUGCAGGACAUGGUGAAGGAGUGCGGGCCGGGGCGGGGCUGGGAGAGAGCCGAGCUGCAGGCCGCCCUCGAGGUCGUCCGCUUCCAGCUGCGCCAUGGCAACGACCUGCUCGCCAUGGACGACAUCCACAACUGCGACGUGAAUAUGAAGGAGCAGGGCCAGCUCAUCCGACAGGACGAAUUCCUCGUGUCCUACAGGAAGAAGAAGUGUUUCCGUCAUAUCUUCCUGUUCCAGGAUCUGAUCCUCUUCAGCAAAACCAAAAGGACAGAAGUGGGAAACGACAUAUACCUCUACAAACAGUCCUUCAAGACCUCUGAUAUUGGGAUUACCCACAAUGCUGGAGACAGCGGGCUGUGCUUUGAGAUCUGGUUCAGGCGGAGGAAAUCCCAGGACACCUACACCUUCCAGGCAGCCUCAGCCGAGGUGAAGGACGCCUGGACCAAGGAUCUGGAGAGGAUCCUGUGGGAACAAGCCCUCCGCAACAGAGAAAUCCGGAUGCAGGAGAGGGUGUUCAUGGGAAUCGGCAGUAAACCCUUUAUGGACAUCAAACACAGCGAGGCAGCCAUCAGUGACAGGGCUAUCAACUGCAUCCCGGCAGGAAAAGAAUGUAAAACACUGCCCCCUGCCAUUCUCCCUGCCUCGUACGAACACCUUCUCUCUCAGAGACCAAACUCUAUUGGUUCAGGAAGCAGCGCUUCAUCUUCUGGCAGCCACUCUUCAUCCUCCUCGGGACGAGGGUCCCUCCCUCCCCACGGUUAUUGCUAUAGCCAAUCCCGGCAAGGCGAAGCGAGACUGGGCUGCUACAGAGCGCCGGGCGGAUUGGAGGAGGAUGAGUUGGACAAUGAGGCUGAGACCCUCCAUCUCUUGUUGGACAGCUCUGAGUCCUCUGGCGAGAGCAUCAGUGGGUUCAGCAGCUCGGAUCACAGCUGCCUCUCCAUAGUUGGAGGAGAGGCAGAAGAGACCACCUCCGUCUCCUCCUUGUGCUCCAAACCAAGCCCCUCCCCCGAACCCCAACAUGACUUCAUCAGACGAGCCCCUCCCCUGCACUACAAACCCAGGUCCUCCCUUGCCACAACUCCAGGGACAAAAACAGCGGCACAGCACGUUGGGAAGAACAAGCCUGACGGUGCUCUGAGUGGCCGCUCCACAGAGGUGUGACAGGAGCAGUGCAAAGAGAGGGCAGAACUGCAGACAACAACACUGGGUGAAGAAUCUGGAGGGGGAAGACACAGAAAACAAGAGGCUACAUUUCUGCAGUAAUCUGACAUAGACAUAUACUGUAUACCGUACACACAUACCUAAAAGAGAGUUCCUUAAUGUGCACUGAGUCUCUUUGUACUGUAUGCUGCAUUUGUUUUCAUGUCCGUGGCACUUGUUUAGAAUUAUUUGGAGGGCAUCAGGGUCAAUGUCUUUAACCCACCAAUAGCAGGUUAGAAACUUGCUUUCCCUCCAGAAGAUAUUUACUGUACCUGAAGGAUGGGUGAGUGAGCAGAGCAGCUAAAUCCUGAGCUGCCGUCUGCUUACUCCACAGUCAGAUUAAACCAUGCUAGUGCUUAAAGGCUCCAGUGCAAAGUUUACUCAACUUUAUAAUGUGGAUUUAAAAUAAAAUAAAAGUGAAAUGUGUUUCAAUACUAAAAAAAAAAAAAAAAAAAAAAAAAAAAAUGCAUUCUUCAGUCAGGUAUUAUGAUAAUCUGAAACGAAUGCUUCUUCUGGACCAUACUCUUACAUUCAAAUUUAUCAUGGAAAUAGUGUUCAUUUCCUUUUGGAAAAGUGUAACUGUUGCAUGGUAAAAAUAAAUAAUGACUUUCACAUCUUUCACAGCGUUUCUUUGUAUAGAGAGAGUGUUGGGCACAGUUGCAUACAUUCUAGCAAUUAGAAUUAGGAACCACUACUAUAUUUUUCAGUAUUUUUGUGGGAUACCACUAUAAUCAAGCGUUACAGUAAGUAUUUGGUUACAGUGGAUAAACAGUAUACAGACAUGAACCCUAUUCUAUUACUGUGGGUAAACCCAGUCUUGCACAUCUUUGAGCCAUUCUUUGCGUAACAAAUUCCACCUUGUCUAAACUUGUGGUUAAUCAUUUCAAAAGAGCUGUGGUUUUUUUUUUUUGCAUGGUAUCGCAUAGUAAUGGAUUUGUUAUUCUAGAUUUGUGUUUUUAGCUCUGAUUCCUAGCAGUUUACAGGUUAGGGAUCAGAGCUUGGGCGUAGUGAGAAUUUGGGCCAGUGUUUUCCCUAUACUAUGUAUUUCUGAAACAGAAUUUCUGUUUCAGAAAGUUAUUGUUUUUCUUUUUUUUAUCAUUGCAUUUGUACUUUUAUCAAGUGUUAGAAAACCCUGCUUUUGAUUUAAACAGAAAGUUUAAAAAAAUGUCAAUAAAAAAUAAUAAUUUUAAAUAAA